GUUUAACAUAACUUAAAACGUGUUCAUCGGAAAUAGAGUAUCAGAAAUGUUUACUAGAAUAAAAGAACACAUAGAUAUUAUGUAACAUGAUCGUUUUAUCAACAUUUAUAAAUUUAUAAAUAUUUAUUACUGGUAUCCAGCAUAAAUUCAAUUCGGAAAAUUAUGUUUACAAUUAUUUCAAUUCUGCUCAUUUCUAGUUAUAAUGCCUACAACUGAUUGUGGAAAUAAUCACAAUUAUGGUAUUAAAUUCCACUCAAAUACAUUUUUACAAAUAAGAUUAAUUCAUUUUUUAUUUGAUAGUAAUUAUAUUUUUCAAUAUAUCUAUUUACUGAUAUUAUUAGUAACAGAAAUUAAUUGCAGUAAACAAUUAGAUGUAAAUACAUCAAUGAAUAACAAUAAUAAUCAUUUAAUGACGUCGAAUCAAUUAUCACAGUCAUUAAAUCAAUACCCUGUGCAUAAUACACUGCACGCAAAUGACGACAUGUUAAUGCCUGAUAAUGAUCCUUUAUCCCUGACGUCGUCAUCAUCAUCAACAACAACGACACUACAGCUUGCAUUUGUUGUCACUGAAGAAGUACCAAUUGGUACGAUAGUAGGCAAUAUACUGAGUAAAUUACACUUACAAAAUCCUAAUUGGUUAAUUACAAACACACUGAGUCAUAGUAACAGUAAUAAUAAUGGGAAUAAUAAGAAAAGUAAUCAAUUUAUUAAUUUAAAACCAAUUCCGUAUAUUAGUUUAAAUCAGACGACUGGUGAUCUGCUUGUACGUACACGUAUUGAUCGUGAAUCGUUGUGUGAUACUAUGGGAACAUGUUGUCAUACGGAUAGACAAAGUGACUAUCAGUUAUGGUCAAAUUAUAAAUUGGAUAUAAGUAAUUAUGAUAAAUUAACUGGACAGUUGUCAUUGAUUUCACCAAACUGUGUACUUCGUAUGCUUGUACUGCUUCAGUUAGAUAAAGAACAAUUUAUAGAAAUUGUUAUUUACGUAUUAGAUAUUAAUGAUAAUCCACCAAGAUGGGUACAAUCGGUAAUUGAGUUAGAGAUACCAGAACAUGUAUCUAUUGGAACAAGUUAUCAGUUACCUGAAGCUAUAGAUCCUGAUCAAGGACCAAUGCAUACAGUAAUAGCCUAUGAAUUACAAAAUAAACCAGUGAAAGAGGAUACUGGUCCUACUAGUCCAAAUCAUUCAAACAGAAAUGUAGUCACAAAACAACCAUUCACUUUAGAUGUACAUGCUUUAGAAAAUUCAAAUUCUGAAAUGCAAAAGUUUUCAUUGAGACUGCGUGUUGAAGAGGAUUUAGACAGAGAAACCCAAUCAUCCUAUGAACUGAUUUUAUAUGCGAUUGAUGGAGGUGAUACUCCUGGUGAGACACAUACAAAAAUGUCUUACACAUCUAAUGGUAAUAGACCAUUGUCUAAUACGCCGAAUAAGCAUACAGGUUCAGUUUUAAUUCGUGUACUAUUGAUGGAUAAAAAUGAUAAUCCACCAGUGUUCAAGAAUCCUCAUCCAGUUGUAAUUAUUCCAGAGAAUACUAAACCAGGUGCUGUCAUCUACCAGGUAUCAGCUAGUGACUUAGAUUCUGCUGAUCAUGAUUCUCUAGUCUACAAGAUUGGACCAUCAGCCAGCCCUGAAGUUCAGCGAUGUUUUAGACUGAACUCGAAAACUGGAGAAUUGAUCCUUAUUAUGCCAUUGAGUUAUCAAAAUGCUAGUUUACUCCCAGCACAGGAUAACUCAAAUGUAAAUAUGAAUCUAAAUAGUAGGAUGGAUAUUACAACUACUACCUCUACAGGCUCACAAAUGGGUCAUAUUAUACCUAUUCAAGUCAGUGAUCAAAUACACAUCACACAAAUGUUGUUAAGAGUGGUUCUACGGAAGAUAAAUAUGAAUCCACCAACUAUUCAUGUUGCCUCUCAUCUACGCUUAUCUUCAAGAGGUAAUCAAAUAUGGAUAGCUGAAGAUACUCAGCCUGGCUCUCUUGUCGCUAUGAUUAACGUAAUCGAUGCAGAUGAACUUAUACCACAAGCUAGAACAAAUCAAAUGUUAGGCAAUUUUUACAAGUCUGAAUGUCGAAGUAAACACGAGUUGUUUGAUAUUGUACCACUGCAUACAGCGACUAAUUCUGAUUUUAGGAUAUUGUUGAAAAAAUCACUGGAUCGUGAAACAAAAUCAUCACAUACAGUGAAAAUUGAAUGUUGGGAUUCUGGGGAACCCCCACUGACUGCUGAGACUAGUAUCCUGAUACAAGUUGAUGAUGUGAAUGAUUCACCACCAGUGUUUGAACGUCAAUUCUAUUUUGCUAAAAUUAAAGAAGGUCUUGACGCUUCAACGACUAUUAUACAGGUACGUGCUACUGAUGCUGAUUUAGGCAAAAAUGCUGAGAUUGUAUAUCGAUUAGUAAAUCAAGAGUAUACACCAGCUAUACCUUUACCAGAAUCAAUAUGCUCUUCAAUGAAUACCCUACACUUUGAUAAUAAUCUAAUAAUGAUUAAUGAAAACACUGGAGAGUUGAUCAGUCAAAUAUCUUUAGAUCGUGAAAGUAUAUCAUCGAUUAAUUGUACAAUUGAAGCAAUCAAUCGAAAUCAAUUGUAUGUGGAUAAUGAAAAUCAAAAAUCGUCUGAGUAUAAAACAUCAACACAAGUUAUUAUAACUAUUGAGGAUGUUAAUGAUUGUAAACCAGUCUUCAAUGAAUCAUCUUAUGAGUUCACAGUUGUCGAAGGUCAGAAAUCUCAUCAUCAAAUUGGUCGGGUGCAUGCAAUUGACUGUGAUGCAGAAGUAUCCAAUCGUAUGAUAAGAUACAGUAUGCGACCAUCACCAGGUGCAGGUGGUAACCUAGUGAAGUUAUACGUUUAUAUCAGUUUUGAAGGGAUCAUCUAUACACAUCAGACAACAGACAGAGAACAAACACCUGUACUCACUUUUGAAGUUAUUGCUACUGACACUGGAAAUCCUCCAUUAUCAGCUGUGGCAAGUGUUCUUAUCCGUAUUCUAGAUACUAAUGACAAUGCGCCUGUAUGGAUAUUUCCAAAACAAUUUGGUGCAAAUAGUGUUAUAAAUAUUUCACAAUAUUCAACAGUUGGCCUAUUAAUUGCUCAACUAAAAGCAAUCGAUUUAGAUGAAGGUUUAAACGGUGAAGUGGUCUAUUCUAUUGUACAUGGAAAUGAUGAUGGUCUAUUCGAAGUAGAUCCAAUGAGUGGAGCACUUUACCUAGUUCGUUCAUUUCAUCACUUAGCACAAACAUUGAACUUGAAGUCAAUACCAAGAGAAGAAUUCAAUGCUAGUGGAUUAUUACAGACUGGAGAAUCAACAGAAUUAUUAGGCAAACUACAUGAACAGAUUUAUAGUUAUAGACUAUUGCUGAAAGCACAAGAUCGUGGAACACCUCCUCGGCAUAACACAACAGUCUUGUAUGUAGCUGUACUUCCAUCGCAAAUAGAUAAACAACCGCUGACUGAUCGUAAUCCCAUCGAAUCAAUGUAUCAUCAUUCUGAUUUAAAACGUCAGGCUGAAUUAGGCUUACCUGAUAUACGAAGAAUGGAUCGUGAUUUAAUUGUUAUGGUUGUCUUGAUCGCAUUAACUUUAAUUAUUUCAAUAAUUUUAAUUAUGGCGAUAUUUUUGAUCCGGUGUAAAAGUCUACUCUGUAUUCUUCCAUUUCGUCGGUCAAAUCAUCGAACAAAUCAUCAGCAACAUCCACAUCAAAGAAUCAACAAUGCUAGUAAUAUUAAUAGUAGUAAUAAUAAUACUGAUAAUAACCUUCACUUAACACUAGAGAAUAAUUCUGUUCAGUCGAAUAAUAUUCGUGACCAAUUGUGGAGUAAAUCAUGGAAGGGGAAAACACUUCCAGCCGAUUAUUGUAUAAAUAAAAGUGGAGAUCUACUGUCUACAUCUUGUCAGGAUGUAUAUAAAGCCGCUACACUCGUUAUAUCAAAUGACCUAUACAUAAACUUGCGCAAUGAUUUUACUUGGUCCCAAGUAAACGCUGUACAAUUCUUCAACGAAAUGAAGAUAUACUUCAAAUUAUUACUUUACAUGUGAAUCCUGGGUGAAGAAACAAGUACUUUGGAACUAAAUACGCUGAAAAUUUUUGUACCGUAUAUCCGCAUACUUUACCAUUAUUAUUAAAAAAAAACAUAACAAAUUUUCCAAAAGGUGAGAAUAAAUCUUGACCCAGUUAACAGUUGGCUUUCUUAGAUAGUGAGAGGAUGCUAGUUCAAUUUCUGCCAUGUAUCAAGUCACCAUUUCUCCUUCGAUCAUCAUGCAUCGAACAAGAGGCAUUCUGUCCAAAUCAUGUAUUCCAAGUGUAACUGAUUAUAGAUGCCCACUAAAAGCAUUAAAAGGUUGAUUAAUGAACAAAGAAUACUCUUUUCGAUAAAUUUGUCAUGAGGACCUACAUUUAUAAGACCAUAAUUAUUAAAGUAUUAUUACUUCAAAUGACAGUAAAUCAUUAACAUCUACAGAUUACAUGUCAAAAGCUUCCAUAAGAGAUACUAUGCAUUAAUGUAGUACUAAACUAAACAUCAGGGAAAUUAAGCAGAGUAAUACAGAAUUUCUGAAUAAACAGACUUCACAGCAGGUCAAGUUAACGUGUCAGACGAGUUAGACGUGAAACUAGUUUUAUUAAUUGCUGUUUACUUUUUAAGUAGUCUAUACAAGUACUUCUCCUAUUAAUAUAUAUUUUUCAUUAUUAAUAAUUAUUUAGAACACUGUCCAGAGUUCAAUUUACUUCGUUGUGUACAGAAUACAGCAUCAAAUUCACCGUGUGAUCAUAUACUAUUAAAAGAUUCUACUUAUCGAACUAUAGAUACAGAUACAUUUAAACACAGUAGUAGUCCACAACCGUGUAAUUCUUCAUCAACAUUCAGUACAAAUAAUUCCACUAACAACAAUAACAACAAUGUUAGUAAUAACAAUACUAAUAAUAACAGUAAUAACAUGAAUCCAAAUCACAAAUAUAAUACAAUAUCAGCAUUACACAAUCCUAUUGGAGGUGGUAAUGCUUAUAUUAUUGAAAUGAAUUCUCAAAAUCGUGAAAGUCCAUACACUCUACUGAAAGCAACAGAUUUAUCAGGAUUAAAUAAAGAAUUUAUUUAUCAACCAUUAUGUUCAACUUCUGGAUUAUUACAUAGACAAUGUUGUAUAACACCAAUUAUGUAUGAACAUGAAGAUAAUAACAAUAAUAAUAAUAAUAAUCAAACUGGUCUAUGCGUUGUAAAUACAUGUUCUUCUACAUCACCUAUUAAAACAAAUACUUUACAAAGACAAGUACAUUUAACAAAUUUAAAUUCACCACAAUUAAAUGAAAGGAAAAGAAAAAUGAAAACAAUUCAUUAAAACACAAUUCACAUACCCACAUGCACACACAUGCAUAAGAAAUACAAAUACGAUGCAUUUGUUGUAAAUUAAAAUGUCUUUGUUUAAAAAGAUUGUUAAAAAAAGAUAAUUUUUACAAAGUGUAAAUUAAAGUGAUUUAAAAUUAUCAAACAUUUGUGAGAAAACAGAAAUGAUUUUUAGUAAAAGAAAAUAAAAAUUAUGACAAA